AUGUCUGAAGAAGAAUCAUGGAGAUCAAUUGAUACGACCGGCACAACUCUCACUGUCAUCGACGGAAAGCAACAAAUUAUUUUGGACAAGAAGGUUACUCACAAGGCCUUCAAAGAAGUCCUCGAAUACCUCUAUACUGACAAGGUCAGUUGGGACAAGGACACCGAAAAGGAUUUGAUCAAAGAAACACAAGAAGCAGCCAAGUACUUGCAUCUUGAUAGAUUGGAAAUUAUUGCUGAAACAUACUUGGACAAGACCAAGAAUGUUGCAGUUCCAGAAUCUACAUGGUGGAAGAAUAUGAAAUGGGCAUUCGAAAACUUGAGAACCGGAAAGUGGAAUUUGUCUGAUUUGACCUUGGUUUGUAAGGAGGAAGACAAAGAUGUUGAAGUUCCUUGCCAUGCCGUUAUCUUGACCAGUGCUUGCAAGUACUUCCAUGGUAUGCUCUUGGGUGAUGUUGAUAACGAACAAAAGAAGACCAUGAGAAUCGAAAUUGAAGAUGCCACUGAAAAGCAAAUGUUGGCUAUUCUCAAAUAUAUUUAUACCCGUGAAUUUGAAGUCGAAGUUGAUGAUGUCGUUGGUGUUUGGAUCGCUGCUCACAAGUUCUUGUUGGAAGAUUUGCAAGUUGAAUGCGAAAGUAUGAUCAUGAAGAAUAUUACAAAGGACAACGUAGAAGAGAUCAAGAAGAUUGCCGAAAUGGUUCAAUCAAAGAGAAUCAUUGAGCUCUGCGAAGAAAUUCAACACAAGAACUAA